AUGGAAAUCAAAUGGGAAAUUCGAUAUUCAUUGUCGCAAACAUCUGUCGGUUGGGUUGGUUCAUCUCUGUGCGCUGAUGAAAUCAUUGUCACCUCUAGCAGUGUUGACCGUUUCCAACUUUUAACCAAAAAGCCGCUGUGCGGCUUUGUAUUGCGGGUCUUGUCUGGCACGAUGAACUCAAUUCCAUCGUCUGGAUUUCUUUCAUCAAUUCUUGAUAAUAUGGAUACACUAACAGCCCCAUGUUUUUCACCUUUUCAAGCUAUUCAUGAAGACGAUAGGAGACAAGAUUCACCUCUACUCAAUCUGCCUAGUAAUGUUCUAGAUAACAUAGUAUCGUUCAUACCACUGAAAGUUCGUACCCUCCUGGUCGCUCCAGUAUGUCGAGCCUUGCGAGAUAGUGUUUACCGUUCAAUAACGUCGGUUGCUUUCUACAAAACGCAGUUAGACGAGCUCAGCGAUACUAGAAUCAAGUACUUCUUGAGCAUUCACGGUCAUAAGAUAACCGCCAUCAAUUUUGAUUUAUUCCGUUCAGUUGAAGACGAGGCUUGCACACAAUGGAAUUGGCGCCAAUCUGUGAUAACUGCUGUGAAAAUGUGCAGCAAUCUUAGGGAGCUUGAUAUACUUGUAUGUAAACGCCAUCGACUAAGAGACACUGAUCUGCUUACUAUAUUUCGAGAAUGUCCUCAGCUUCAAGUUCUCUGUAUCGACGCCCAAUACUUGAGCGGGCACUGCUUCCAGGUCGCUCCAGUUGGUCUGCAACGUUUGGAGUUGGAGAUGUGCUUGCGAUUGUCCGAGCCGUCAAUCAGAUCGAUAUUUACUCGCCUCAAGAAAUUAAAGGUGCUUUACAUCUCCGAGUUGAAAAUAUUGAAGGACUCUAUAAUCACAGGUUUGGUGAGCAAUUUGAAAAAUCUUCGAGAUCUUUCGAUUAUUGCGAAUCCGGAGACCGACUUGGACCUUUCGGCAUCUGGCUUAGCGCAUUUGGCUCGUCUACCUCGGCUACAAAACCUUUGUCUUGAAGGUUUGGCAGCGGUUACCGAUCGUUUUCUCUCCGAGUUGAGUGAUGUAUCCACGAACGCAGCCGCACGCAGCAUCACUAGCCUUUCGCUUGCGUUUUGCUUCAACUUUAGUUCAGUUGGCCUCCAGCGGCUAUCAAGAAUGCCUAAAUUGGACAGUUUGAAUCUGGAUGGGAUUACCAAGAGAGAGAUAUCCUCUGGUCUCCUGAAAAUCGCUGAGGAAGGUCGCCUAGCUAGGGUAUUGCUCGCAGAAGGCACAAACGUCGCAGCCGAGACCUUGCGAGAAAUUUGCCGUGUUUCACCCAGAUUGCGCUUACUGGAUCUCAGCAACAAUGACGUCGUAAUGGAUCUGAAUAUCGCGAAUGAAAUUGUUGUGGAGUGGCUUAUCUCCGGGCGUCCAUCGCUGACCAUACUUACUAACAAGCAUCUGCCAUGGGGUUUGGUGACAAAACCACCACCAGCGUGUGAGUUUGUUCCUCCUGCAUUCAACGUGGUCCAUUUGCACAGAAGUACGGUACCAAUAAAUGAGGUGCUACCUGGAAGUGUUCUGUCUGACGAAGAUUCGUCGCAACUUCCGCAUGGUCUACUGCUCCCUCGACUUCGUCGUGGCAAUCGUUAUCGUCUCUUGUACUCUCUAAGAAUUGCGUCACAGGAUGGAGGAGAUUCUGAUGAUCAAAAAGAGAACUCAUUCUCGCCAACACAUCAGCAACCACAGCGUUGCAAAGGCAAGUCCCCUAGAACACCACCAAAUAUACCGCAGAUGUGCACCACGCCUCCUCUUCCAAUGUUCGGAGUGCAGCAGCCGAAUUCUCACAGCCCUCAUGCUUUGACUGCCAGUCCGCUGUCGAAUUGUGUGCCAGAAUUAUCCAACUGUUUCAAUGCAUGCAGUCCGCUACAAGCUCAGCAAAUGAUCCUUCAAGAUUUACAUUCCACAGCGUUUUCCACUCCCGAGUUGGCCCAGAUCAUUCCACCAGAUAUUUCACUAGAAUCUUGGAUGACGUGGUUGGCAGCAAACCCAUCUUAUGUUUCAUCGAAUAUCCCACUCACUGAUCCCUUAUCUAUACUAACGGCCGGCAGUGCUGGAGCUCCUAGACCACCGGUUGAGAUACCCCAGCAGCCGCGUUUUCAUUAUACUCGUGGUCCUCGCAACAAACGUCGUUCCAACCCACAGAAGCAACCGUCGCCUCGCGCAGCAGCACCGCCUUUGUCUUUCAGCCCAACUGACUUUCCGCCACUGCAGUAGGUUGCAUAUCUGAAGAACGAACAGAGUUUCUUUCAAAUGGCUGCUCUUCAGUAGCAUUAUUCCACAUCUUUAAUGUCUGAGCAGAGAUGUUUAGACUUGUGUCCUUGUGCUAAAUGUUUUAUAUCCGCUUUCAUUAGUACAACAGUUUGAUACUAAACUUACGGUAAUAUUGACAUUUUUUUGAUCUCUCUCUCCGCUACUAUGAGCCAUUGAUAUACUAGAUGCACACAAUCUAACACCUAAACAUUGUGAUUUACAUUGUCGGUCGCUUUUUCAUCGUUCGUGAAUACGUACUAUAGCCUUUCAGAGCUGGUGGUUCGCCAUCGCCUUCGAAGUUUAUUACGUUGUUUCCAUGUGCUCAAUAUGUUUUGUAUGUGCUGCUUUGUGAAGGAAAAUAAAUUUAAGUAACCUUGU